AUGUUCGUGGGCCAACCGGUACACAGAGUAGCGCUUCUUGAGGAACCGACGCUCCUCUACAAAGCCCCGUCACAGCGGCUCUAUGUUUUCGUGUCCUUGGCGUCCGCUGCGACGUUUAUUGUUUGCGGACUCUGGAUGUACAAAUACAUUUAUCUGGAGGUCAGAGACCUGCAUUGGUACACCGGCUUUGCAUAUUUCGCGAUGGUCGUCAUGCUCAUCGCCCUGGCACUCAACUACGGCCUUGCUUCCCGAGGACUGGUAAAAUCGAUCACAGCUGUCCCGGUGCAGCGGAAUAGGCAGCCGAGGCUGGACCUCAGAAUCGAGAUCCAGCGCUUGGUGCCCAUUCUGAAGAGCAGAAUCCUAGAGGUUCCCGUCGAAAACGUUAGCCAACCGGUGCAAGGCACGUUGCGACUGCUUGUAAUAGACGUCGCAUACCGGAAGGAGCUUUAUAGGCGCGCAAAACUUGGGCCGAAGAACGAGCCUAUGUUCAUUAAACCCUUUACGCGCUUAGGCCGAUUUUUGAGCCGCAAUGCCUUGAGGUUCUUCCAGUACAACCAGGCAGUGGCGGGCGGGUUGGGCUUCUCGCCCCUCUACGUCAAGGGCGAGCGAUUCCAGCUGAAAAUUGACGGUUCGGGAUGGUUUUUGGAAGAUGGGAAAGUUCUAGACCAGAUUGUCAGGUCUAGCCGAUGA